GAAUGAAAUUAGCUCCAAAACAUUGAAUAGCCGCUAGCAAUAUCGAUAUUUUUUCCCCCGUGAAAUAACAUUUGUUACAGCAUGUAACUUAUUGUAAAUAUGACUUUGGAUUUAUGAAACCUCUACAGAAGCCCCAUUCCCCAUUAUUGUGUAUAGACAUAGUAACAGUUUUACGCAAUGCACCAUGGAAGUGGAUCACAGAAUAUGCAACGACAGCUUCAGAGAUCCAAGCCUGCCAGUGGGGCUGAAGCUGAGGAGCAACAGCAGCCCACCAUGGCAGUCACGCAGCAGCAAGCUACAGCUAACCACCCUCAAUCUCCUGUGACCACAUUUUCCUCUGCUGCCAGCCCUUCAGCCCCCCAGUCGCCCAAUUAUCAGAUAAUCAUGAGUCGCAGCCCAGUCACCGGCCAGAACAUGAACAUCACAUUACAAAAUGUGGGACAGAUGGUGACUGGUAACCAGCAGAUCACACUUACACCACUUCCCAUACAAAACCCAUCAUCCCCUGGCUUCCAGCAUGCUACACCUCAGUGGAGGUUUGAGCAUGCUCCAUCCUCCUACAUCCAGGUCACCUCACCUGUGCCCCAACCCAUGCAGCCCCAAAGUCCCACCCAGCACAGCCCGGUCACAAGGCCAGGAGCACCUGCAACAGCUUUGGGUGUAUGUGGACAGAGUCCAACACGAUUUGUUGAUGCUGGUAUGUUAGUGCGGCAAAUCAGCUUAAACAGUCCAUCGGGAAGUGGCCACUUUGUUUACCAGGAAGGUACAGGGCUGGCCCAGAUUGCCCCGGCCACACCUGGCCAGAUACAGCUGGCCUCUCCAGGAGCACCAGGCUCUGUGAGAGAGCGCCGGCUCUCUCAGCCUCACUCACAGACUGGAGGCACCAUCCACCACCACGGACCUCAAAGUCCUGUUGCCACCGGUACUUCUCUCUCGACUCUGGGCAGCCCUAAUCACAUCACCACGUCUAACCUACCUCCACAGAUCAGCAGUAUCAUUCAAGGACAGCUGGCCCGCCCUAUGAUAUUUGAGAAGACGUCGCAGGGUGUUGUUGCUGGAGUAGGAACCACAGCAUCAUUCACUAUUCCCUCCUCCAUUCCACCGUCUAACCAGUCCCUCACGAGUCCAACCCAAGGGAUCUCCAACAAUCCUCUUGCACCAAACAGCAUGGCUGUGGCCACUAUGAGGAAGCUGGUUCCCAAGAAGUUGGAGGAAAUUGCUCCUUCUACUCCAGAGAUUUCCCAGCUAAGAAAACUAUGUUUGGAGCAGCACACCAAGAAGAUGGACAGCCUGAAAGAAGUGUUCAAAGAAUACCUGAUUGAGCUUUUCUUUCUGCAGCACCUACAAGGGAACAUGAUGGACUAUGUUGCUUUUAAGAAGAAGCCCUGUGUUCCCUUGUAUACCUACUUGAGACAGAACGAUUUGGACCUAGAAGAUGAAGAGGAAGAGGAAGAACAGUCUGAAGUCAUUAAUGAUGAGGUGAAGGUUGUUACUGGAAAGGAUGGCCAAGCAGUGACACCAGUUGCCAUAGCAACACAGCUUCCUGCUAAUGUGUCUGCAGCAUUCUCUGUCCAGCAGCAGUUUCAGGGACACCAGGUUUCUGGUGGUACCAUUACAAACCCUGGAGACAUGGAUGCCUUUAAGAGGCAACAGGCUAUGGCAGAUCAGGCUAAGAGGUGCCGGAUUGACGUUGGUCGCCAUGGGCUGAUUUUCCAGCAUCCUGGUGUAGCUCUAGGAUCACCUGGCGUUCCACUCCAGCAGCUUAUGCCAACUGCGCAAGGCGGGAUGCCGCCUAAUCCUCAAGCGAUCCAGAUUGCAGGACAGAAGCCGAUCCAGCAUCAAUACGACCCAUCCAAAGGACCUCCAGUGCAGAAUGCAGCCAGCCUGCACACCCCUCCUCCCCAGCUGCCUGGCAGGUUGCCCCAUGGUGCUCUCCCUAUGACAGGCAUGCCCAUGACACUCUCUCAGCAGGCUCAGUUAUUGGAGAACACAGCUCAGUCCGGUGGCCAGCUCCAGGCACAGGUGAAGUUGCAGGCAGGUGUCCUGGCAGCAGUAAACCCUCACACACAGCUCCAAGCCCAACUGCAGCAGCAGAUGCAGCCGGGUCUUCAUCUCCAGCUGCAGCCCCAGCAGCAACAACCCUUACUGCAGGCAGGACAGGCGACGGUAGCACUUGCUCGCCCUGGUGCAGAAUCAAACCAGCUAGGUCAGAGGAUUAUGACCAACUCGAUAUCCAUGACAUCCAUGUCUCCUGCUCCCCUCUCCGCUCCCAACUCUGUUCCAACACCCCAUACUGCAAGUCCGCUGCGCCCUUAUGGCUCUAACAUCAACUCGAGCACCCAGUCCAAACUUACUGGAACCAAUGGCAUUUCGGCUGUGAAAAUUGGUGGCUUUGGUCAAAGUGCGACCAUGCAGUCCUCACAGGAGGGUUCUCAAGAUAAGCAAGUUGAGCAGGCCAAACUGGAGAGUCAAGUGCAUCAGCGCAUCUCUGAUCUAAGGAAGGAGGGCCAGUGGUCCGCCAGUAGACUGCCUAAGCUGAUGGAAGCCUCCCGUCCAAAGUCCCACUGGGACUACCUCCUGGAGGAGAUGCAGUGGAUGGCCGCUGACUUUGCCCAGGAGAGGAGAUGGAAAGAGGCUGCUGCUAAGAAGCUUGUUCGCACGUGUGCCCGUCACCAUCAAGAGCAGAAGAAGAGUGAAGAGAGGUUGAAGAAAGAAAGGGAAGUUCAUCUUCGUCACAUUGCCAGCACGAUUGCCCGUGAGGUGGAAUUCUUCUGGGCGAACAUCGAGCAGGUUGUGGAAAUUAAACUCCAGUUUGAAAUUUACGAGAAGAAACUAAAAGCUCUCAGCUUACAAAAAGCAUCAGCCAAAGUACCGGGUCAGUCAACAGGAGUACACGCUGGAAAAGAGGAGGCGACGACUUCAGCUAAAAAAAGGAAAGCAAGUUCGUCCUUGAUUGAUGAAAAUGUCCCAGAUGAAGAGAGCACGAUAGAGGAACAGGAGGCAAUGGAGGGGGAAGCAGACCACAAAGCAGAGUUGGUUGAGCUGGCCAAAAAUGCUGAGAUGCCUCUUGAUGCUUUGAAGAAGCAGUAUGCCGGCGCCUACGUUGAAGGCUUUGAGUGGCCUCAGCCUAGUCCUCACAGUGAUGAGGAGGAGAUGGAGGAGACUGAAGAAAAAGCGUGUCCUUUGGGCAGUCCACCUGAGGCAGUGUUGAUUGACUCACUGCUUAAUGUGGAGCAGUACCGAGGAGCGGAUAAAGCCUCUGACUCUGAGAGGAAGCCCGCCAGAGACAUAGCUGAAGUGGCUGCUGCUACAGAGCUCAUCCUGCCCAAGGGCAGCUUCAGGACCACUUCCACAACCCGCAGCCCAGCUCCUUUGCUACUGCAUGGGUCACUGCGAGAGUAUCAGCAGAUUGGUGUGGACUGGCUGGUAAACCUGCACAAGAAAAACCUCAAUGGCAUCCUUGCAGAUGAGACGGGCCUCGGCAAGACCGUACAGACGGUGGCUUACAUGGCUCAGUUAGCUGGCCAAGAAGGCAUCUGGGGUCCCCACCUUAUUGUAGUAAGGACAUGCAAGUUGUUAAAUUGGGAGGUGGAGUUCAAGCGCUGGUGUCCUGGCCUGAAGAUCCUCCUGUACCUCGGCAACAGAAGAGAGCGCAGAAACCAGAGAAUGUGGUGGGGGGAGGCCAACAGCUUCCAUGUAUGCGUGACAUCCUACAAACUGCUGAUGAAAGACCAGAGCCAUUUCCUGAGGAGAAAGUGGAGGCACCUGGUCCUGGACGAGGUGCAGCUGAUCAAAAGCAUGACGGAGAAACACUGGGAAACGAUCUUUGCUCUCCGAAGUGAGCAGAGGGUUCUCCUCAUCAACACUCCUCUACAGAAUACUCUAAAGGAGCUGUGGACCAUGAUCCACUUCCUUUUGCCAGGAAUCACCAGGUCCUACUCUGACUUCCCUGUUAAGGCAGGCACAGACCAGAACCAGGACUACUGCCACAAGCUGGUCAUCCGCCUGCACAGGAUGAUCCAGCCCUUCAUCCUCCGGCGCUCCAAAAGGGACGUGGAGAAGCAGCUGCCCAAGAAGUACGAGCACAUCCUGAAGUGCCGUCUCUCCACCAGACAGAAGAACCUUUACGAGGAUAUCCUCACGCGACCGGGAGCUCAGGAGGCUCUGAAGACGGGUCAUUUUGUCAGCGUGCUUCAGGUCUUGAUGCAGUUACAGCGAGUGUGUAACCACCCCGAGCUGGUGGCUCCCAGGGAGACCAGCAGCUCCUACUUCUGCUCCUCUCUGCAAUACAACGCCCCAUCACUGGUGCUGGGAGCUAUCAGGAACGACUCGAGCAAGAUUUCAAGCAUGUCCAUAUUUGAUCUGAUCAAUAAUGAGAACCGACUGACCCGGUAUCAGACUGAAGAGGCAGUUCCCAAACUGAAGAUCACUAAGCAGCUCAUCGAGGAGAUCAACACUGCUCCAGAACCAUCGCCACGCCCAAAGCCGUGUCCGAUAAAACCCACGAGAUUGUUCCAGCAAGUGCAGUAUGGGACAAAGCCAGAAGGCCGCCUCGCUGCCGUCUCUGCUGCGGCAGGCCAGCGUCCUCCAACCAGCUCUCCCACUACUAGCACCUCUGUUUCCACCAACCUGUCGGCUCAGAACAGGGGCAAGUCCCCCGUCACCGCGGCAACUACCACAGCCACUACUCACGGUGGAGAUGUGGUGAAGAUUGCCCAGUUGGCCAACAUAGCAGGCAAUCAGAAUCGUAUCUCUCAGCCAGAGACUCCUGUCACGCUGCAGUUUCAGGGAAACAAGUUCACUCUGUCGCCCAGCCAGCUGCGCCAGCUCACCACCGGACAGCCCCUGCAGCUCCAAGGUACACUCGGCAACAUCCUGCAGAUUGUGUCCGCUCCAGGGCAGCAGAUCAUCAGGCCCCAGGGAUCCAUGGUCAUGCAAACAAUGCAACAAACUGUCCCCGCUUCCAACGCCUCAGUUACACCUGGCACGCCUCAUCCUGCGCUGUCAACAGCCCAGCAAGGCGUAACUUCGAACGCCACGUCAUCACCUACCAAGCUCACAGCUGCAUCUCAUGCUGGUUCCCAGGAGUCUUCAGAAGAAAAGACUCAGCAGCUGAAGGAGCGUUUGAGCCGCCUGUUUGAGGCGAACGAGCGGCGCUGCAGCCGCAGAGUGGUGUACGGGUCAGACCUGCUGCAGGCCUGCACUUUAACCACAGACCCAAGUCAUUCCGCCCUGACGGCUGGGGGCUGGAGGUGGGUGGGCCGAGAGAGCUGCCUCAGGGCUCAGAGAACCUGCGUAGCUACUACCGCUGCCCUGCAGUCCGCUCUGCUCACUGUGGAGGAUCGCCUGCAGGCGGCCAACAGCCUCAUCAAGAGGCUGGUAUGUGUGGUGCCUCCAGCUGUAGCCCCGCCCCCUCACCUGUAUGCAGCCAAUCCCCCGGUUCCCUACAGCCUCCAGCAGAAGUCACUUCUCCGUGGGCUACAGGAGGCCGCCGCCCCCCACAGUGCUGACAUCCAUCACCAUGCGUCCAGGCCUCUCCUCUGUUGUGAUGACCUGCUGCUAAUGCAGAUGGACUCUGGUAAACUGGAAGCUCUUGCCAUUCUGCUGCAGAAGCUUCGGUCAGAAAGCCGCCGUGUCCUCAUCUUUACUCAGAUGGUGAAGAUGCUUGACAUCCUGGAGGCCUUCCUAGAUCACCGGCAGCUCACUUAUGUGCGGGUCGAUGAAAGCUUCAGUCCUGACAAACGACAGGAGAACAUAAGGAAGUUUAACCGGAACAGGAACGUGUUCUGCAGCAUCCUGACAAACCGCUGCUGCUCUGCAGUCGGGACUUUGUUUGAUGCAGACACCAUCAUCUUCUACGACACAGAUCUCAAUCCCAGCAUGGAUGCCCGCGCCCAGGAGUGGUGUGACAAAAUAGGACGUUCAAAGGAUAUACACAUUUACAGGUUGGAGAGUGGGAACUCCAUUGAAGAGAAGCUGCUGAAGAAUGGCACCAAGGACCUGAUCCGAGAGGUGGCUGCUCAGGGUACCGACUACACCUUGGCGUACCUCACACAACGGACCAUCCAGGAUCUGUUCGAGGUGGAGGCCGGCUCAGGGGAGAAGGUGGAGGAGUUUGUGGUUCUUCACCAGGAGCCGUCGGCCUCUGAGGCCAUCUCUCCCAGAGUGGCUAGACCAUACAUCCAGGCUCUGCACAGCAUCAACCUGGAUACCCUGCCGGAGGAGGAGGAGGAGCAGCAGCAUGAGGAAGAGUUAGCAGGCAAAGAGUCAAAGGACAACCAGGAGGAGGAGAGCAAAACUGACGAGGAGCCCGCUCAGCAAGAGGAACUGAAUGCAGUCAUACAACAGCUCACACCAAUCGAAAGAUAUGCCCUACAUUACCUGGAGUACCUCCAUGUCAGUGAUGACCAAACUGCUCUCAAGGAGAGGUUGGAGUGCUCCAAGAGAGGCUGGGAGCUGCAGCAGCUCCAGAAGCUGAAGGAGGAGGAGGAAGAGCGGCACUUUAUGGAGGGAGAUGAAGAUCUCUUCACCUACACAAGAGAGGAUGCCUACAACAUGGAGUAUGUGUUUGAUGCAGAGGACGGCCAUACAGAAAUCAUGCCGCUUUGGACUCCACCCACACCACCGUCGGAUGACAAUGACAUUUACAUCGACUCUGUGAUGAUGCUGAUGUAUGACACUGCCCCCAUGCCGGAGUCCAAGCUGCCUCCUGUCUACGUCCGCAAGGAGCACAAGAGACUCAAGAUGGACCCCUCAGCAGCCAGAAAGAAGAAGAAGGGCCACGGGGAGACGGUCAUCCCCCCUCGCUCGCUUUUCGAGAAGGCCAGCAUGCUGAAAGUUCGCCGCGAGGGCAAAGACCAGAAGAAGAACUUCUCUCUCAAGCAGCAGGCUCCCUUUGCCAAGCCCCUGCCCUCGCUGGUUAAACCUGUCAUGGAGGCGGGUCAGGACAACCCGGAGUGGCUCAUCAGUGAGGACUGGGCUCUGCUUCAGGCUGUAAAGCAGCUUCUGGAGUUGCCUCUGAACCUGACAAUCGUGUCUCCUGCACACACUCCUAACUGGGACCUGGUGAGCGAUGUGGUGAACUCCUGCAGCCGCAUCUACCGCUCGCCCAAACAGUGUCGCAACCGCUACGAGAACGUCAUCAUUCCCAGAGAAGAGGGCAAGUUGGUGUAUGAGGCAAACCCCAAGAAAAAAACCAAGAGCAUAUACAAGUCUAAGAACAGCCGCCCUCUGAGGACCUGUCAGAUCUACACACAGGAUGACAACGCCACUCACAUUCAGCUCUACAACAGCCGCUUUGAACUCAUGAAGAUCAUCGCCAGCAAGAGGAGCCCACCAAUCAAACCACUGCUUGGCAUGAAUCCAUUCCAGAAAAAUCCCAAACAUGCCUCUGUUUUGGCAGAAAGUGGAAUCAGCUAUGACAAGCCCCUCCCUCCCAUUCAGGUGGCUUCUCAACGUGCUGAACGGAUCGCCAAGGAGAAAAAGGCCCUUGCAGAGCAGCAGAAGGCUCAGCAGUUGGUCCAGCAGCAGCAGGCGGGGGCCCCCGGGGCCCAGGUGGCCCCCGGCCAGGCGCUGACUCCUGCUGCCGGCCAGGCUCUGGUCCCUCAGGCUGCCACAGUGCCCGGAGCUGCUGCGGUGCCUAAUGCAGCUGUUCUGGCUGGAGCCAUAAAGAAUGCCACUGUUGGCACCACCAUCCAGGCUGCCACUGUAGGGGGGAAUGUGAUCGUGAACACAUUAGCUGGAGUUCCCCCAAGUCCUUUCCAGGCCAACAAACGGCUGGCAUCUCCCGUCAUAACAGGCACCCUCUCUCCUGCUGGUGCCGCUGGAGCCCAGGUGGUCCACGCUCAACAGAGGACCGUCACCGCUGCUGCAGCCCCUGCAGAGGUGGUUGCCAUAGCUACAGGUGUUCGAGCUGUUACCCCAGUUACGGCAUCAGCAGUAGUUACGACCACUCUGAGUCCGGUGCAGUCUCAGACGCGCCCUCUGCUCACUCAGGUCACACAAGCCGCAGGGAUGCAGUUGCAACAAGGGAAGCCUCUCACUCCAGCCCACCUGCAGAUGCUCCGACAGCAACAGCUGCAGCAGCACCAACAGCAGCAGGCUGCUUCCCCACAGAUCAAAGCUGUAGGCAAACCCCAGGAGUUGUUGAAGAUGCACAAGCAUAAGUUGCAGCUGCAGCAGCAGCAACAGGUAGCUGCAGCAGUGGCAGCAGCGCAGGGCCAACAGGCUGCAGGGGCCCAGCAGGCCCCCCAGGGUCAGACUGUACAGACCACACAGGCCAAUCCCCAGCUGGCAGCAGUGGCAGCUCCCAGACCUGGAGCCGUGCUGACCGGCGCCACGGUGGCCAACCUGCAGGUGGCCAGGAUGGCUCGACUGCCCACUCAGGCAGGACAGACGGCUCAGGUGACCCUCACCAAGCCCCCAGUGGUCUCUGUGCCAGCGGUGGUCUCUUCAGCUGGCGUCACUACACUGCCAGUCACUGUAGCAGGCAUCAGCGUGGCUAUUGGCCAGAAAACAGGGGGGCCUGUGCUGUCGCCGUCCUUCCCCCAGAUGCAGAUGCUCCAGAUAAAGAAGCAGCAUCAGCAGCAGGUGGCCGCCGCGGCGCAGCAGAAGGCCGGCCAGCCGCAGCUGGGACAGACCACUGUCCAGCAGAAGAUCGGCGGCCAGCAGGUCACAGUGCAGGCAACCCAGCCGGCCCAGCAGUCGCAGCAGAAGCUGACGUACGCUACCACCACCCAACUGCAGUCAGGGAUCAAGACCCAGUUCUUAACUACACCCAUGGCUCAGAAACCCACCGUAGCCCAGCAGGUGGCUAAGCUCCCACAAAUAGUGCAGCCGCAACCCACCGUGGCCAAUAUUCAACAAAUUGUGUCGUCUCCACAGCAGCUCCAGGCUCAGACGGUGACUCUGACCCAGGCGGCGGCGUCCUCUCUGGCCCAGGUGCAGAUGAUUCCUGCGGGGUCUGCAGCGGCGCAGGCGGUCCAGCAGAAGCUCCUCCAGCAGCAGGUGGUGACCGCAGCCAGCUCCCCCCAGAUCCAGACGCCCCCCCCCCACAGCCCCGCCCAGCAGCCUGCCGACGCCGCGGUGCAGCCCGCUCAGCCCCAACAGCCCGCCAAGGGUCAAGCUCGCCAGGGGGGCAUCAGGGCCAAAACCCCCGCCAAGCCCAGCAGCUAGGAGACGCACUCUCAUGAAUCUGAUGUGUUUUCCUGCAGUACAGAUGUGAGGCGUUGUUAAGGAUCCCACAGCAGCUAAAGCAAGAGACAGACAUCACGUUGUUAAUCACACCCAACCUUUACCUCACUUCAACCAUAGACUAACUGUUCCACAGGAUCAUUUCAGUGUUCAGACCUCCAGGAAGAUCAACCACAGCUUCUUGUGGGAUCCAUAAAGUUGCUGAGUUAACUUUUGUUACUGCUAUUCUUUAUUCGUGUCGUGAAAUGAGGAAACGUCUUUCCCCCUCAACAACUGCCCAACACAUGAAAGGACAGACACAGCAGUCCUGCCUUCAAAUGAUGAUUAUAUUAUUACUCAAGAGAAAUCUGAGGCCGAGGCUUGUGGGUAAUUCCUCGUUGAUAUUGAGCUGUCCAUUAGAAUAAGUGUAUUCAUAAAUAGUCCCUUUUAUGUCUAAUUCCCUUGUUGUCUAUAGAAACUGAAUGGAGAAUAAUGCACGUUCCUUUAGUCAUUUGUUUUUUAUUGCAGCAAAUACACUGUAAACAUGUACUUUAGUAUUUUGUGUUUUGUCAUGAAUUGUCCUUUUUUAUUGAUGUCAAGGAAAAAAAAAAUGUAAAUAUCAAUGAAAAACAUUUGUACUUGUAAAGUAGUCGUGUUUUCAUUGGGUUUUUUCAGCCUAAUUGUAAUAAAGUGUUUUGUUUUUAUAUACAAAUUCAUCUUUUUUCCUUUGAUUUUUUUUCAUUAAAUCCGUUGUAAGUA